AUGACUGAGGUGUCCUCCACCCGUCUCUAUCUUGGGAACCUUCCCCGCAACGUGACUAAGAGCGACAUCGAAGAACACUUUAGCAGCCAUGGCUCCGGCAAGAUUACCGAGAUCAAGCUGAUGAACGGUUUCGGCUUCAUCGAGUAUGACGACCAGCUGGAUGCGAGAGAUAUCGUGCCCGCCUUCCACGGCAGUGAUUUCAAAGGUGAGCGGCUCACAGUACAGUUCGCGCGUGGUCCUCGCCGCAAGGAUCUUCCUGGACCGUCAGAUCGAAAUGCUCUCCCUCGCCCGCGUCGCACCAUUUUCCGAAUGCAGAUCUCAGGUCUCCCAGAAACAAGUUGGCAGGAUCUGAAAGAUUUCGCUCGCCAGUCUGGACUGGACGUGGUUUACUCCGAGACUGGCCGUGAGCAGGGCAGAGGGUUUGUUGAAUUUGAGACCGCCAAUGACUUGAAGACUGCCGUGGAGAAAUUGGACCAGCGCGAGUUCAAGGGCUCUGUUGUUUCCUGCGUUCCCGAUAUCCAAAGCUUUGAGGAACGUCCCGUCCGCGACCCAUAUCGGUCUCGUUCCCCACCUCGUCGCCCGUACCCUGGUCCCAUGGAUGAUUACGACCGCCGGAUCCCUCCCCCUCGUGGCUAUAGCCCCCGGGAGCACUACCGUGAGCGAUCUCCGGUCCCUCUCCGCCGCGACCCCUACUAUCCGGAUGGCUAUGGUCGCCGGACCCCUCCUCGCCCUCGGAUUGACGAUUACCCACCUCCACGUCGUCCCUACGAGGACCCUUACGAGGCCCGCCCUCCCCCACCUCCCCGCCACUAUGAUGAUCCCUACCUGGCUGCCCGGGGCUAUCGUCCUCGCUCUCCGCCGAGAGUCCCUUACGACCGCCCUCGCUACUGGUAG